UUUAAAUAUUUACAAAAUUAUACUUACAAAAACGUACGAAAACGUAUUGAAAUGUGUAGCUAAAUUAAGAAAUUUGCCUUUCUGAGCCAUCAAGCGCCACCUGGAGGAAUAGAAGUUUCGUGGAACAGGAAACAGUUGACAGCUAGCAACAUUUUCCUCUCAAAAAGAAAUUUGAGGAUCGAGGAGUAGCACUUUAGUUAGCAAGAUCUCGGUCAUUUAUGGUUUCCCAUUAGCAGUGACUAAACACAAAAGGACAAUGACACAGCCAGCAGACUCUAUUCUACACAGCGGUUACUUUCACCCUACUCUCCGAUAUUGGCAGACCUGUGCUUCAGACCUCAGACCGAAUAACCUCAUAUAUCCUGUCUUCAUUACUGACAGUCCUGACGCAGUGGAACCAAUUGCAAGUCUACCUGGUCAAGCGAGAUAUGGUGUUAAUAAGAUAGAGGGUUUACUUCGUCCCCUUGUGGAUAAAGGCCUGAAGUGUGUGCUUAUUUUUGGAGUUCCUGCAAAAGUUGCAAAGGAUGAGAGGGGCUCUGGGGCAGACACGGAUGACACUCCUGCAGUGCUGGCUGUGAAGAAACUGAGGAGCACAUUCCCUGAUCUUAUGUUGGCAUGUGAUGUGUGCCUUUGCCCCUAUACCUCUCAUGGCCACUGUGGAAUCCUGCGUGAAGAUGGCAGCUUGGAUAAUGCUGCAAGCUGUUUGAGGUUGGCUGAAGUAGCUCUGGCUUAUGCUCGAGCAGGAUGCCAUAUUAUCGCCCCUUCAGAUAUGAUGGAUGGACGAAUUGCAGCCAUUAAGCAAGCACUAAUUGCCAAUGAUCUUGGCAACAAGGUGUCAGUGCUGAGCUACAGUGCUAAAUUUGCCUCUUGCUACUAUGGACCAUUCAGAGAUGCUGCACAGUCUAAACCUGCUUUUGGAGACAGAAGAUGUUAUCAGCUGCCCCCUGGUGCCAGAGGACUAGCACUGCGGGCCUGUGACCGGGAUGUGAAAGAAGGUGCUGACAUGCUGAUGGUGAAGCCUGGAUUACCAUACCUUGAUAUUGUGAGAGAGGUCAAGAAUAAGCACCCUACUCAUCCACUGGCAGUGUACAAUGUGUCAGGCGAGUUUGCCAUGUUGUGGCAUGGAGCUGAAGCUGGAGCUUUUGACCUGCGCACUGCAGUUAUGGAGUCUAUGACUGCCUUCCGUCGAGCAGGAGCUGACAUCAUUAUCACCUACUAUGCCCCACAAUUGCUCACAUGGUUAACAGAGUAAUGUGUUGGCUUUCCCAUAUGAAUGAACUUUGAAAGUGAAAACUAGGACUUGAAGUAAAUCUGACAACAAAUAUUACUACACAAAUCAACAACUUUUUUUCCACAAUUUUGUUAUUUGAUUUAUGUAUUUAGUUAUUAACACAUUAAAUCAGCUUUGAUUUUUCAACUUUUUGUAGUUUACAGAUGUCAAAUUGGUCAUUUAUUUUCUAAAUGUGUUUGAGUACAGCACAGAGUUGUUGUCAUUUUAAUGUGCUUCUAUAACACUGAAAGUAGACCUCAGGUUUGUAAUUACAGCUGUUUAGUUUUCAAAUGAAUGCACUAAUAACAUAGGAAGCUUUACAUUGUUUCAUGUAGUGCAUCUUCAAAAUGUUUGUAACUAAAAAGAUAAGAAUAAAGCAAGAGCCACGGUAAA